AUGGACUCGCAUGAAUUCAAAGAGAAUUAUUAUGAUGCAAAUGUUAUGAAAAGAAGAAGAGUGUAGGAUAAAGUAAUGGUGGCUCCAAUCUUGGAAGUCUUUAUGGAUAUUUGUAAAAAGCUGGAUUAUGUAAUCAAAAUUAAUUUAAAAAGAGACAUCAAAGGAAUAUUUGUAGAUGGUGAUACCAAUUAAUGAAUCAAGAGAGGGUCUUUAAAAUACUGAUUAAAUUAUCAUAUUGAAUUAUUUAAAAUAGAUAGCUAUUUAUUUGAUAAAAUCGAAAUUAGAAUUAGAGGAUAAAUUGUGUUCUCUUGGAGAUGUCAAAUAGUUUGAAAUUGAGUUAUAGACGAUGGAAGCAGAUAUAAGAUAACAUAUAAGAGUGCAAUAAUAACUUUAAAUUUUGCUAGAAUAAGCAUAAUAAAAGCUAGAUGAAUUUGAAUCUGAAAAACUUAAAACUGAAUAGUUUAUAACUGAUUUAAAAAAAAGUCUUGACAAUAAGGAAANUAUAUCAAGCAAAUCAGCUUAAAUACCUUAUUUCAGUAUUAUUUAAGAACCGAAGCUAGUCAAAGAUAAUAAUAGUAGUCAUAAAAACAAUAUAAGUAAAAUUCUUAGGAAUGAAAAAUCUAUGAGUGGAUCUAUUGAUAAUCAGUAAGAUUGGAGAGUGAAAUAUGAGGAUUUACAACAAAGUUUAUGCGAGAGAAUUCAAUAAUUAGAAAUUGAAUUACAAAAUAUGGAGAAAAAUAAAAAGAUUGAUCAAAAGCAUACUGAUUAAUAAACAAAUCAGUAUAUUGAAAAAUUACAAUAUAUUGUAUCUGAAAAGGAUUAAGAGAUUCUUGAAAAGGAUUUAAAAAAUGAGAAACUACAAAAGAUUAUUGAUAUGUAGCAAAUAGAAAUAUAGAAGUAUAAGGAUGGAAUGUAGAAUAUAAAAAACUCUAAUGAGAUCCAGAGAUUAUAGUAAAUAGAUUAAAAAUUCCAACUAAUCAAAGGAAAUUUUUCAUCACUUAAAAUUAAUAUUUAGCAAAUUUUUGAUGUUGCUUAAUCAGAAUAAUAAAUACAUAAUUUAUCUCUAUCUUCCUAUUCUGUAAUUGAGAUGAUCAAUGAGUUCAAUUAAGUCAUUGAAAAGAGCACUUAGAAGUCAAUGCAAAAGUAAUACUAAAAGGAAUUCUAAUUGCCUUGA